AUAAAUGACAAUGAUGUUUAUUGUCAAUAAACUUCAAUAAAAUUGAAAAAUUAUAGGUGUGAAGACAGAAAAUAAUAAUGCUUGGUCAAGAAGAACCCGCCGAACCAAAACUUCACGAAUGGAAUAUAAUACCGAAAAAUAAAGGGCUACCAUGCAAGCUCGAAAGAUAUGUAUCCGAAAGAAGGCAGAAAAACAAAAAACUAUCUCCUAUAACGUGGACGGUCAGCGAUAUUUCGAAAGCGGGAUGCUUGUUGAAAACUCCGCCUCUCACAGUUUCGUUUGAGGAUGAGCAAGAAAUGAGGAGAGUGUACACGUUGAUUUAUGAUGUUUUUCGAUAUAAAAACGUGUUGAUGGAGGCUUUAAAUGACGCAUUGUUUUUCCAAACAUUUCCAAAGCUGGAAGAAACAAUUCCUCAUGUAUGGUUACUAUUCUACGACCUUUACCAUAGAAGUUUCAAGAAAAGGGAAACUUCGGUAGCACCUUUAGCAGGAAAACUAUUCGAUGCAGCAGGACUGUCGUUUGCAGAAAAUGCGCUAUGGACUCAAAAGGUUCGAUUAGCGGCCUCAGUGUCUAGACUUAGAAUAAAGUACAAUGCGUUAACGCUGAACGAACUUUUACCCUCGCAUUUAAAGGAUGAGAAAGUUACAGAACAUUCAAAAAAUAAUCCUGUUACUUGCUGGGUUAAUUGUAUGAAAGUAAGUAAUAUUUCCGAAUUGAUAGAGGACGUUGAAAAAACUUUAAAAUUAAAAAUCGUUACUAAUAUGGAAGAUCUUGUCAAGAAUACUUUUAAAUGGGACAGGCAUUGUCCGCAAAUAAUGACUUUUCACUCUUCUAUGAGAGAAUCAUUAGCCAGAAGUAAAUUUCUAAAAAGUCAUUUACUAAUAGCGCAGGACAAAUCGUUUUGUCGAGGUGCUGCCACAUUUGGAAAAAUUUUAUUUGAAAUGGAAUUAACUGGAAGUGUUAUUCAGACUCAUGUUAAUUCGCCGAGAACGACGGCUUAAAAACCAGAGUACGAAUGUUACUUCACUGAAUUAGGAGUCAAAAACAUUACUAUAUUUUCCGAUCGUCUUAUCGAUCUACCACCUGACGCAACUUACAUGGAAGAAGUGGUUGCCGUGUUCGCAACACCUCCAAAUAGUUAUUCAGCAGUAACAGAUCCAAUAGAUUUAGUCUGUAGUAGGGGUGGAGAUUUAUCCAUGUUAGAAAUAUUAACGGAAUCUGAAGAAACCAAAGAUGCUAAAGAACGAGUUAUUAGCAUUUUAGAAGAACAAAGAAGAACAUUGAGAUUUGCUAUGUCAAGACCUCAGAUCCAGUUUGUUUUAUACGAAACACAUUCUGAAUUAGAAAAAGAGAACGAGGAUAUGGUCAACAAUACCUUAAGGGACGUCAACAAAUUAGCCAAAUUACAACACGCCACGCUUCAAGGAAAAUUUUGCCUGUCGGAUUUUCAAGCCGAUGAAACAAUUUCAAUGGAAAUUAAAGAGAUAAACAACAACGAGAAGACUAUUUCAGAGAGUGGCGAUAAACCAAACCAAACCAAACGAACUUCCAUCGAUUCUGUAGCGUCCAAACUUACAGUUGAUUUUAAGGAAAGAUUGCUCGAUAAUCUUCAAAUUCCAGAUACGGAUAUUUUUAUCAAUCCAGAUUUGCCCAGCUUAUGUCCUAAUGAAAAUUCCUGCAUUAAUGUAAAGAAAGAAGGAUGCUAUUUAGCACUUAUACAAAGAAAAGAAAUUGUUCGUUUGGAUGACAAAUAUAUGAUUCAAAUGGCAGAAAAUAGGGGAUUGUUUGGUAGUAACACAACGACCACUACUACUAAGUCAAAAACGAGUAGGACGUCGAAGAAAAAACCGACUAAAGCUGACAGGAAACCAAAACAUAGAAAAAAAUUACUGGAUGCAGAAAAAAUAGAUGCAUUUGCACAAAUUGAUGAACUAUCUGAAAUGGAUGAUUCAGUAGAAAGUAUAGAAAUUCCAAGGAUAACUAAUUAUGAUGGAGGCAGACCUAUAUCGAAAAGUAUAUUAAACAGAUUAACUAGUGCAAAUUUAAGACAAUUUGUUUCACCUGAUUAUAAACAAGACGCAACGUUUAGCGUGCCAUCUCAGAGCUUUGGAUUUUUGAGAGCGACUUAUCAGGCCAAGGUUCUGAAUGUAGCUAAAUUAAAAGAGAAACAACCGCCACCGACUAUAAAUUCCGUGCAACCGUUAAGAAAAGUUGAAGAAAUUAAGAAACCUAAAGAAACGAGCAAGGAAUCGGUUACCAGUAGCACGAAAAGUAGAAAAAAGAAAAAGAAAUCAAAAAUUGUUCUGGAUAGACUUCGUUUACCUACCCUAAGCUUUAUGUUAAAAGCUAACAAUAAAGAGGAGAAUCAAUCAGAAGCAGACAGUGAUUCCGUUUUAAAGCAUACCUUAAGUCCAUGUGAACGUUUUAACAGAAGAAACCCGUCACAACAGAAUAAUCAAAAAUAAUAUUAUUGUUAAUUACCUAUUGAUUUCUUAGAUUUGUAGUAGACAUUUGUUUUUGCAUUCAAUAAAAUUAGGACCAUUUA